GCUGAUGAAGCAGAUAUAAAUGCAAAUAUUUUAGAUUUAUUUAAAACUCCAAAGCUGCGACGAACAACUUUAGUUUUAGCAAUUACAUGGUUUGUUGUUUAUUGCUGCUACCAUACAAAUACCCAAAAUGCUUCAAACUUGGGUACCAAUGUUUAUGAUUCUUUUACAUACAGUGCAUUAGUUGAGGUCCCGUCCCUUUUAGUUAUACUAUUUGGAAUAGACUGGUUGGGCAGACGUUGGCCUAUAAUAUUGUCAUCUUUAGCUGCUGGCAUUGCAGGAGUUAUUAUUAUGAUCAUUCCCCAAGAUUAUACAAAAACAUAUCUAGGCUUAGCUCUUAUUCAAAGAGUAACUUUAACCAUUGUUUACAAUGUCAUUAUGCAGUAUUCUGCAGAACUUUUACCAACUGUGCUUCGUGGACGUGGUCUGGCCUUCUUAAGACUGAUGGGUACUUUAGGGCUCUACCUAAGUCCUUCCAUAGUUUAUCUCGCCCUUAAGAUGCCUGGUUUACCUCUUUUAAUAUCUGGGGUGCUGCUUUUUGUGAUAGCUAUCAUAACUAUUAUUCUUCCUGAAACUUUACACCAACAUUUGCCUCAUACUAUAGAAGAUGGAGAAACGUUUGGGAAAAAUCAGCAUAUCUUCGAGUGCCCAUGCUUAAAUAAAAGCAACGAAAAGAGUGAUGAUGAAGUUUCUACUCCAGUAGAAUGAAAGCUUCUCCAAACAGCUUUUAACUACUUAGAUCUUUUAAUUAAUUUAUUUAUUUAGCUAAGCACACUUUAUAGAUUUUUUAUUGAUAUACAUUAUUUAUU